AUGUCGGCGCCCGCUCCUCUGCUCCGCCCGCCCAUUCCUGGCUCGCGGGGCUCGUCGCGCACCCCCAAGCUCGGCCUGGCCAUCCCGCCCUCGCCCAACCAACGGCCCGUCAUCAACGGCACCACCGCCCAGCCGCCCGCCCUGCCCCAGCUCCAGAUGCCCGCCCAUUCGCGGCCCACGCCGCCCCCGAUGCUGCGCCUGGACACGCCGCGGGGCAGCCAGGCCACCCCGCAGGAGGUGACGCGGCCCAAGGGCCCGCCCAAGCUGAAGCUCAGCAUCGGCGCCAUGGGCGGCGGCGGGAGCAGCGACACGUCGGCGCGUAGUCGCAGCGGGAGCUUCGGCGAUGCCAGCGGCGGCGGGGGCGCCGGCUCCUUGCGCUCGAAUGCCUCGCACGACCCGCUGUCGGCGCUGACCAACUCGAGCCCGACCGUGCACUCGACGUCGUCACACGAAAUGCAGCGCAGCGGAAGUGACAUCCUCGUGCUCCCGGACCUGGAGAAGCUGAGGAUUGACAAAGGCGGGAUUCUGGAGCCUGGUGAUCUGGACGACGCGGGCUGGAGAGCCGCGAGUAAAGAGGGUUUGAUCAGCGAGCUAGGCAGCUUGGGCGAGGGUGCAGGCGGCGCCGUGACGCGCUGCGUGCUGAAAGGUUCAAGGACGGUAUUUGCAUUGAAGAUCAUCACCACGAACCCCGACCCCAGCAUAAAAAAGCAGAUUGUGCGCGAGCUUUCGUUCAACGCUUCACUACGACACCCAUCCAUCUGCCAGUACUAUGGCGCGUUCCAGCCCCCUAACAACUCCUCCGUCAUCAACAUUGCCAUGGAAUUCUGCGAGGGCGGCUCCCUCGACUCCGUCUACCGCGAAGUGCUCGGCCGCGGCGGCCGCAUUGGCGAGAAAGUGCUUGGUGUCGUAGCACGCGGCGUUUUAGAAGGCCUGACAUACCUGCACAGCAAGCGGAUCAUCCACCGCGACAUCAAGCCAUCGAACAUCUUGCUGUCACGAGCGCCAUUCAACCCCGACGGGACGCGGCAAAAAGGCAGCAAGACGAACGCAUGGGAGGGCAUCAUCAAGCUGUGCGACUUUGGCGUCAGCGGCGAGUUCGGCACAAAGGGCAUGGCCGACACGUUCAUCGGCACGAGCUACUACAUGGCGCCGGAGCGCAUCCAGGGCCUCUCGUACACAAUCACGUCGGACGUGUGGAGCCUGGGCGUGACGCUGCUCGAGGUGGCGCAGGGCCGGUUCCCGUUCCCGGCCGACGGCGAGGGCGGCGCCAUGGCUCCGCGCGCGGGCCUCAUCGACCUCUUGACGUAUAUUGUGCGUCAGCCGAUUCCGAAGCUCAAGGACGAGCCGCAGAACGGCAUCGUGUGGGGUGACGGCUUCAAGUAUUUUAUCGAGUGCUGCCUAGAAAAAGAGCCCAGCCGCCGCGCAACGCCCUGGCGCAUGGUCGAGCACCCGUGGAUGGUCGAGAUGAAGACCAAAAAAGUCAACAUGGAGCACUUCCUGUCGCAGGUGUGGGAAUGGCAAGACUAA